UGUUAUUUGUUAGUAGUUGGAAGUCCAAAGGGAGAAAAGAGCGCACGAAACACAGACAGACACAACGCAAAGGAAAAACGGCGAAGGAGAGAGAGAGAGGGUAGAAGCAUUGAUUAUAUGAUGAAACGCUGAAAAAAGAAAAAAAAGGAAAAAAGAAAAUUGAUGGUGCCUGCGUUGUGUGCUACCACACCAUAGCAUAGCGAUAGCAGUAGGAACAGCGAUAUAGCGUAGGCUCUGGAACCACCGAAACUAAUUUCUGCUUUCUGCUUUCUGCUUUCUCUCUCGCAUUAUUCGUAAUAUUAUUAUGUGCUUGUGGAGUGUUGCAUCUCAUUCGGGUCGGAUCUAAUCGGUGGGAGUGAUCGGAUCGAUUGGGCAUUUUCAUUGCCAAUGGGAAUGCCCAAUCCCAAUCCCAAUCUUCUGAACCCUCAUCGUCGCCACGAACCAUGAGCAAAGCCCUGGGAGAAGAAGAAGACGAAGAAGAACAAGAACGAGACCAGGACCAAGACCAAGACUGUUUCUACGACUCAAACGACCGUUUACUCUCUCUCUCCUCCUCCUGUUCAUGCUCCAACUCCAACUCCGACAACGACGAAACCGAGAACGAACCCCAGCCCCAUCGAAACGACACACUCCCCAAUUUCCCCCUAACCAACAACUACGACAUAUGGAUCUCCCAACCCACCUCUGUCUCCGAGCGACGCACGCGCCUCCUACUAUCACUCGGCCUCUCCUCCCUCACGCGCCAAAACCCUCACCCUCCCCCACGCGAUCGCGUUUCCCCAAUCCGAUCCAAAUCCGACGUCACCACCACAAAUACAACCACCACCACCGCCGCCGCCGCCACCUCAUCCUCCGCCGGCGCCGCCAAUCCUAGGCCUCCGAACCCCAAGCCUCCUUCCGAAGAGCUCUGCACGAUACGCGAUCUCGACAACGGGAAGGAGUUCGUGGUGAACGAUUGGGAGAAUCUGCGGGAGGUUGCCACGGGGAGGCACUUGACGAUGGAGGAGUUCGAGAUGACGGUGGGGCACUCCCCCAUCGUUCAGGAGCUAAUGCGGAGGCAGAAUGUUGAAGAGGCUAGCGUCGAUUCCAAUGCGACUGGCUCCAAGGUGAAGAAGAAAGGUGGGGGGUGGUUGAAGAGUAUCAAGAGUGUCGCGAGCUCCGUCGCCGGGUACAGGGAUCGACGGAGCAGCGAUGAGAGGGACACCUCGUCGGAGAAGGGCGGCCGGCGGUCCAGCUCCGCCACCGAUGACAGCCAGGACGCCGCGUUUCACGGUCCGGAGAGGGUGAGAGUGAAGCAGUACGGGAAGAGUUGCAAGGAGGUGACGGCGCUUUACAAGAGCCAGGAGAUUCAGGCGCAUAGUGGGUCUAUUUGGAGCAUUAAGUUUAGUUUGGAUGGGAAGUAUUUGGCGAGUGCUGGUGAGGAUUGCGUGAUUCAUGUGUGGCAGGUGGUGGAGGGGGAGAGGAAGGGGGAGCUGCUGCUGCUCGAUAGGGAGAAGGGGGAGGAUGGGGGGAGUGUGAAUAUGUUUUUGGUGGUGAAUGGGUCGCCGGAACCGACGGCUGCGGCAAUGCUGUCUCCGCUCAGGGAUGUGGAGAGGAAGAGGAAGGGAAGGUCCAGCGUGAGUAGGAAGUCCUUGAGCCUCGACCAGUUUGUCGUGCCGCAGACCGUGUUUGCACUCACUGACAAACCAGUUUGCUCCUUUCAGGGACAUCUUCAUGAUGUUCUUGAUCUCUCAUGGUCUAAGUCUCAGCACUUGCUCUCAUCUUCAAUGGACAAAACUGUGCGGCUGUGGCAUCUGUCUAGCAAGUCUUGUUUGAAAAUAUUUUCACACAGUGACUUUGUAACUUGCAUCCAGUUUAAUCCUGUUGAUGAUAGAUACUUCAUUAGUGGAUCUUUGGAUGCUAAGGUUCGCAUAUGGAGCAUUCCGGAUCGAAAAGUUGUUGAUUGGACAGAUCUACAUGAGAUGGUCACUGCUGCUUGUUAUACACCUGAUGGCCAGGGUGCACUGGUUGGUUCAUACAAGGGUAGCUGCCACUUAUAUAAUACAUCUGAAAAUAAGUUGCAUCAGAAAAGUCAGAUCAAUCUGCAAAACAAGAAAAAGAAAUCACAUCAUAAGAAAAUUACUGGAUUCCAGUUUGCCCCUGGAAGUUCAUCAGAGGUACUUAUCACAUCUGCUGACUCAAGAAUACGGGUGGUUGAUGGUGUUGAUCUGGUCCAUAAGUUUAAAGGCUUUCGGAAUGCAACUAGCCCAAUUUCAGCAUCCCUCACAGCAAAUGGUAAAUAUGUUGUCGCAGCAAGUGAGGACUCUCAUGUAUACAUCUGGAAAAAUGAGGCUGAUUGCAGGCCGAACAGAAGCAAAGGUGUCACUGUCACACGAUCAUAUGAACAUUUUCACUGUAAAGAUGUGUCAGUGGCCAUUCCCUGGCCUGGUAUGGGUGAUGAUGCAUGGGACAUACAGGAUACAUUUUCUGGAGAACAACCCGAGCUUGAUAACAAUGUUGAUGAAGUUGCAUCAGCCAAUCAUCCUCCUACCCCUGUAGAGGAAAACUUUGUGAGUGAGGGUUCAAGAUCUGCAUCUGGUUACAACAAUAGUCCACGCCAUGCAACCAUUGCAAGUGCCACAAAUAGUUACUUUUUUGAUAGAAUUUCUGCAACCUGGCCAGAGGAAAAACUUGUUCUGGCUGCAAGAAACCAAAGCCCUCGUGUGAGUAUGGAUUUCUCUAAUGGGGCAAGUCAAAAAAUGUCAGCCUGGGGAAUGGUGAUUGUAACUGCCGGCCUUCGAGGGGAAAUUAGAACUUUCCAAAAUUUUGGAUUGCCACUUCGGAUAUAAGAGGUGGUGAAAGAACGAAGAUGCUUAUGAUCAUAUGGCGGUUGAUUUCACCUUCUCCAUUUGUUGGUGAAAAACCUGUACAGAAAAAGUGGGUGAGAUUUGUAAUAUUAGCGGGGUUCAUUUAUUUUCUUUUCUUGUUCUUGUGCGUUGAAUGAAAGAUAGGUUGUCAUUCCAUUCAGGCACUGAGGGGGAUAAAGGGGAAAUUGUCAAACAAAAAAAAAAGAAAAAAAAAAAAGUUACAGCAGGAAAUUUAGAAACCGAUGGAUGUAAUCGGCAAUUGUAGAGUAACGCAAGCACGGGAAAAGCUUAUUGAAAUUAGAAAUGAUGAUUCUUUUACAGAUUUA